AUGCUCCUAGAUACAGGCAAGGUUGAUGUUGACUUAAAGGAUACAUACUUCGGCCAAACGCCGCUAUCUUGGGCAGCUGAAAAUGGACACGAGGCAGUUGUCAAGAUGCUCUUAGAUACAGGCAAGGUUGACGUUGACUCACGGAGUAAUGACGGCCAAACGCCGCUAUCUUGGGCAGCUAGACGUGGACACGAGGCAGUUGUCAAGAUGCUCUUAGAUACAGGCAAGGUUGACGUUAACUCGAAGGAUAACAACGGUCAAACGCCGCUAUCUUGGGCAGCUGAAAAUGGACACGAGGCAGUUGUCAAGAUGCUCUUAGAUACAGGCAAGGUUAACGUUGACUCGAAGGAUAACAACGGUCAAACGUCUCUAUCUUGGGCAGCUAGACGUGGACACGAGCCAGUUUUCAAGAUGCUCCUAGAUACAGGCAAGGUUGAUGUUGACUUAAAGGAUACAUACUUCGGCCAAACGCCGCUAUCUUGGGCAGCUGAAAAUGGACACGAGGCAGUUGUCAGGAUGCUCCUAGAUACAGGCAAGGUUGACGUUGACUCACGGAGUAGUGACGGAAAAACGCCGCUAUCUUUGGCAGCUGAAAAUGGACACGAGGCAGUUGUCAAGAUGCUCCUAGAUACAGGCAAGGUUGACGUUGACUCGAAGGAUAACAACGGUCAAACGUCUCUAUCUUGGGCAGCUGAAUAUGGAAACGAGCCAGUUUUCAAGAUGCUCCUAGAUACAGGCAAGGUUGAUGUUGACUUAAAGGAUACAUACUUCGGCCAAACGCCGCUAUCUUUGGCAGCUGAAAAUGGACACGAGGCAGUUGUCAAGAUGCUCUUAGAUACAGGCAAGGUUGACGUUAACUCGAAGGAUAACAACGGUCAAACGCCGCUAUCUUGGGCAGCUGAAAAUGGACACGAGGCAGUUGUCAAGAUGCUCCUAGAUACAGGCAAGGUUGACGUUGACUCGAAGGAUAACAACGGUCAAACGUCUCUAUCUUGGGCAGCUAGACGUGGACACGAGGCAGUUGUCAGGAUGCUCCUAGAUACAGGCAAGGUUGAUGUUGACUUAAAGGAUACAUACUUCGGCCAAACGCCGCUAUCUUUGGCAGCUGAAUAUGGACACGAGGCAGUUGUCAGGGUGCUCCUCAACACCAGCAAGACUAAUAUCAACUCCAGGAACAAGAUUGGUCGCACAUCGUUAUCUUUGGCGGCCGGGACAGGAAACGAGACUGUGGUCAGAUUGCUUCUUGACGCAGACGAUGUCGAUGUCAACUCAAGCGACAGUACUGGCCGGACGCCAAUUCUCUGGUCCGCCAAGAAGGGGCAUGUGGAGGUGGUGUCGUUACUCUGUGGUAACGCAACCGCCAACAUUAAUGCCGAAGACGAAGAAGGGUUCACUCCAUUUAUGUGGGCUGUAUGGAAAUCUAACAAGAAGGUUGUUAGUGCCCUCCUCCAGACUAGACGUCUUUCACAGCAACAUUGUACGGAUGGAUUAUGUUAUCAGGCGUUCUGGUUCUUGUUGUCAGAUGAGCUGGACGAGUUUAUGGUUAACGCUGGCUUAGUUAUGGGGGAUGACUUUUUCGGGUUGAGGACACUGUUUUCCGACCCAUCGACACUAUCAUCAUAA